GCUUGGUUAUAAAAUGUGGCCGCGAAUCCCGUGUGUGCGUGGAACUUCUGCUUUUGUGGCCUCCCCUUCACCCGGUUUGAAGUGCAAGAUUCAGGUCCAAGUAGCUGCCCUGACUAAGCCUGCAGUGGGAGCGGCCACCGUCAGCUGAGCUUAAACUACUAAACAGUUUUUUUCUGCUCCCACCCCUUUCCACCAGGCUCCCGCCCCUCGGGCCUGACUGUCGCCGGGUCGUUCCUCUAGAGUCGCUUGUUCUGAGAGCUUGGAUGCACUUGCCCUCCAGUUCCCGCGAACUUCUGAGUAGCUGCUGAGCCGGGUGCCUGCGGAGCCCUCAGCUUCCACAGCCUCCAGCAUGCGCGUGUGGGCCCCCGUGGGCGUCCUGACCUCGCUGGCUUACUGCUUCCACCAGCGGCGUGUGGCCCUGGCCGAGCCGCGGGCGCCUGGUGGCCAGCAUCCGGUGGACCGCAACCUACUGGAGCUGAAAAUGGUACAGGUGGUGUUUCGACACGGAGCACGGAGUCCGCUCAAGCAGCUCCCGCUGGAGGAGCAGGUGGAGUGGAACCCCAAGCUUUUAGAGAUCCCACCUCACACUCGGUUUGAUUACACUGUCACCAAUCUAGCCGGAGGCCCGAAACCUCAUUCUCAUUUCGACUCCGAAUACCACAAGACCACCUUGAGGGGUGGCGUGUUUGCUGGGCAGCUGACCAAGGUGGGCAUGCAGCAGAUGUUUGCCCUGGGAGAGAAACUGAGGAAGAAUUACAUAGAAGACAUCCCCUUCCUUUCACCAAUCUACAACCCACAAGAGGUCUUUGUUCGCUCCACCAACAUGUUUCGGAACCUGGAAUCUACUCGGUGUUUGCUGGCUGGGCUUUUCCAACAUCAGAAAGGAUCUGCCAUCAUCCAUACUGAUGAGGCAAGCUCUGAAGUCCUGUACCCCAACUAUCAGAGCUGCUGGCUCAUGAGAGAGAAGACCAGGGGCCGGAAGAAGGCUGCCAUUUCACAACCAGGCAUCUCAGAGGAUUUGGAAAAGGUGAAGACUGGGGUCGGCAUCGACACCAAUGAUGAAGUGGACUUCUUCAUUCUCCUGGACAACGUGGCUGCGGAGCAGGUGCACAGCCUUUUAAGCUGCCCGGCCCUGAAGAGAUUCGCCCAGCUGAUUGAGCAGAGAGCUGUGGAUAUGGCCUUGUACAUGCUGCAACAGGAAGACAGGGAAAGUAUCCAGAUGGCAGUGGGCCCAUUCCUACACAUCCUGGAGGGAAACCUGCUCAAAGCUGUGGACCCUACCACCUCACCCAGCAAGACCAGAAAGAUGUACCUCUAUGCAACACACGAUGUAACCCUCCUACCUAUGCUAUUGGCCUUGGGGAUUUUUGACCAAAAAUGGCCCCCAUUUGCUGUGGACCUGACCAUGGAACUCUACCAGCACCAAGAAUCUAAGGAGUGGUUUGUGCAGCUCUAUUACAAUGGGAAGGAGCAGGUACCAAGAGGUUGCCCCGACAAGCUCUGUCCACUGGACAAGUUCUUGAACACCAUGUCCGUUUACUCUGUAAGCCCAGAAAAAUACCGGACGCUCUGCUCCAAAGCUCGGGUACCCUCAUCUGGCUAAACCACUGUUCACCGAGUUCCAGGCUCACCAAGGACCGAGCUCUUUGGGGUCACCCUUGAGUCUCCUCCCACCGCCGUCACUUGUGCCCACUGCACCGUCAUCAGUGAACUCUGCUGACUCCAUCUCUACCCAGAACUGACCCCUGCAUUGCCACUGUCUUCAUUCUCUAAGUCUACUUCCUGGACUCCUGCACAGGCCUCCUAACCAGUCCUGCCUUCCCACCCUUCCUCCACAGACUAUCCCAACACAUGUGCUGCUUUAAAAUGCACUCUGGUCCUGAUUCUCUUUUGCACCCAAGUUCUCUGGUUCCCAUCUCAAAGCAAGUGCCAGUCAUCGUAGUGGUCCUCAAGGUCCUGGGAAGCCUUACCUUCUUGCUCAUUCUCCACGCCCCCCAUAGCAACCUUUGUCUUUAUUUGUAAUUGAUGAGUAAUGAUUGUCUGUGUUUAUAAAGGAAAAUAUAGUGUUUGAUGUA